GAAACGGUGUAAACGUCUACUUUCGUGUAGUGGGAAAGAAACUAAUAAAUCAUAAAUUUUUAGUUGUAAUUAGUUUUGUAGUUAGCUAAAAAGUUCUAAAAAUAAAGUAGAUAAAGUUAUAGUAAAUAAAAUAGUACAAACACUAAAUAGUUAAAAUUAUAAACGACUUGGAGAAAAAAAAUCGAAAUUAUGAGCGCACGUUUUAUAACCGAAGGUGGAACGCCUAUGACGCCAGAACUUGCAACGGAACUCCGUCAGCUAGUGUUUGGCACUUCAUCGAUACCCAUGCGUGGUGAGUGGACACAAACGCCAUUCACAUUUGGAUCACCCAAAGAGGAGCUCUCCUAUGGACUACGUUCACCGCGCAAUGCCACACGUGGUCUGCUCUCCGUCGUACAGGGUUUUAUUUUGAAGUAUUUGCUCUUCGGUCGACGUGGUCGCACUAAUCAGGAUCCUUUAAUAUGCACUCAGGAUAUGCAAACAAAUGCGCUCAUAAAUGCGUUGGUCGAAAUUCUGCGACUGAUUUCUGAUAAAGGUAAAGUGACAAUGGUCUUGCCGUCACCGGAAGAUGAAGUUUUCGUUGAUCAUAGUGUGACAUUCUUCCAUGAUGGCGUGACUGAAAAG